AAGUAUGUGUAAGUUGCACCCCUUUGUGGUGGUAUCGCCUAAUGAUACACUUUACCGCUGUUGUACCUGGUAGCUAUAGCGACGGGGCGGUUUCAAUAUGCCCCACAAAGCCACGCCUAAAAUCCAUUCAUAUCAGUGGAACGUCUUGAAACUGCAGGUCAAUCUGCUAUUACGGAAGGGAAAAUGUUUUUCCUCUGUUUAACCGUGUUGUGGAACGAUAUUGGCUACACCGACUGAUAAGGACUCGAUUUAAAUUCUUGCUGGGCUAAGGAAACGGACAAGUGCAAGUGUGGACGAAACUACAGGAUUCCUCACGACUUGGGACUCAGGGAAGUGUAGAUAUCCAUGACAGGUGUUCAGAGUGGUGUGCCAUAUGAGUCGGUACCAAGGUGCGCUUGUCACCUGUGAUGCAAAGUACCUGGCACAUGGAAGAACGCACCUGUAUCAGAUGACACCUGUUCAUGUCGCCAUGUAGUCUGACAUUGUUCAGUUUGAUAGCAAUUGUUCAUUUUUACAAGCUAGGUUUAAAAUAGUUUUAUGGCCUAUUAUAAACAGAGCUACCUAACACUAUAUUGAAAUCAGCUCUCCUAGUUGUUUGCUCAAUUCCAUAGGUUCCUCAGCAACUAGACCUAUCAGUUGGGCUUCAUUGUAAAACUGUCUUCCCGUAAUAGUUUUACUUGUUUGAGGCUAAGUGCUUUUUUAUUGACUGCCAAGUGACUUUAAGGAUCAUGGCUGUAAAGAUAAGAGGACAUACAGGCAUCAUUGUGCUAUGCCUGGCAGCUUGUGUUUUCCAAUGCUUGUGGUUCCAGGCAUCAUCACAAAAUGUCGUAUUAGAUUUAGAUGUGCAGACGCAGUACACUUUUGAUAACCAUCCUGGAGUAUAUCGCCUUGGAAGUGCCAACAUCACCACCAAAGUGUCCAUUCCUGCUGGAGGGGCUGAUGCAAGUUUGGAACUCACAUUGCCCCAUCUAAACUACACGUACCGUAAAUGUGACCCACUCAUGAUCAAUGUCACUUCUUUCAAUGGCACCCACAAUAUUACAGAGGAGCAGCUAACUACAAACUGUUAUGACACGUACGGUAUCACCCUGUAUGUGUCUAUGGAUGGAAAUGAUAGUGUCAUUGCAUAUGGCAAUGACUUGUCAAAAAGUGCCACAACGAAAAUCACGACAAGUGCAGAUGAGGAGAACAUUUACUUUGAUUUUGGUAAUGUUGUAAAUGGAGCUGCAACUUCACAGGACAUCACAAUAGUUACGCCUUUCACAGUUCUUUCUUAUAAUAAUGUUCAAGACAUUCUGACAUUUGAAGCUACUCCAACCACAAAUGGAACUGUUCAGGCUGUGAAUACAUCGUUUAUAGUGAUUGGUCCUCAACUUGAGAUUACUUUCACGGAACUUAAUAAUUCUGGACCAAUAGAAGCUGGUGAUAGAGUCCAUCUGCAGGUUUUAUUGCAACAUACAAGCCUUUCUACGGAAAAUGCAACAAACAUGAUGUUAGGAGGAAACAUCAAUCCACGAGGCACAACGACAGCUACAAUUGUCACAUCCUCAGUCUCCACGUCUAGUAGCCCUUACAACAAGUCUUACACCACCGAUGUGCUGAACUCUGGAGGCAACCUAAACUUUGACCUGCUGCCAGUGGGAGAAACUGUUACCAUCCUGUUGUGGUUUGAGGCACUUGAUGGGCUACUGAUCAACAGUAAUGUGCAGCUGUCUUUACAACUUAAAUAUGUGGACCUGGAAGGUCACAAUCUUGAGGCUUGGGGCUCAAAGUCAAAGGCAACAAGAGAUUUGACUUUCAACGACCAGACAAAGUUCACUUUGAAUGUGGAGAACAACGUUGGGGUCGACCAAGUUGUGGAAGUGAUUACAACUUUUCUGAUGCCACAUGGGACACUUGCAGCAAGCUUGGAAUUAGAGUUCCAGUCUGCUGCCCUCAAUCCUGAUGAUGUUUUGCUGGUACGAGGAGAUCUACCCCAGAGUGAAGACGUGACUUAUGCCAGUAAUGUUGCCCCAGUAGAUCUUCUGUCACAAAACAGAAGACGUCGCAAGAGACAAAUCUUCAUCCCUGCAUCUGUCCCCAUCAUCAGGACCUGGGAUGUAGGCGACAUCGUCUACCCAAGCAGUGUGAAUGCCAGGGGAGUGGACACAUCAGUAUCCAUGCUGGUAAGUUACCUGGUCAACUUGGACCCAACACAAGUACAGAAUGGAGUACCAUUCAGUCUCACAGCCACACUCACUGCAGGAGGAACAGCCAUUCCACUGGGAACAAGAACAUUUGUCUUGGGACAACCAGAGCUCCAAAUGGAUCAAACAGUACAGAUUGCAGAUGACAGCACAAACCCAGAUGAGGUACGCAUCAAUGUGACAGUUAGCCACACUGCCCAGUCAUCAGCAGAUGCCUUUGAUGUCACCAUUUUCUGCGAUGCCACAGGACUGACCAUCUUCAACUACAGGAACUUGAUCCCCAUAUUUGUUUCACCAGAGAUCACCGUACAAGGGUCAGAGAUUACAGUGACAAGGACACGUCUUCCAUUGGGGGAGGAGCUGCUUCUGUCCUUCCAGGCAGAGUUGGUGUGUAAGGAGCGGACCUGUGCAGAGAACAGUCCUAACCUUACCAUCCCUGCUAAUGUCACCUACAGGAGUGUGGCAGUACAGCAGGCAGCCAACAGUUCACAGUUCCAGGGAAUAGACUAUGGACCUCUCACUGACAGCAUCUGUCUUGGGUUUAACCUAGUGGAGAUCACCAGUUUGUUCCGUAACUACGGUUACAUAGGCCUUGCUCUCAUUGUGUUCCUGCUGUUUGGCAUCGUUGUCGGCAUCCUGUGCUGCUUCAUACUGUACAAGGCAAAGGGCAUACAAGUCCGACCAAUGCGUGGGAGGAGCAAGAAGAAAAAGGGAGGCCUGUUCUCAGGGCUGAAGAACAGACUGAAGGGUCUUGGUUCCUGGUUUGGAGAGCUGAACUUCGCCUCCAUCCUCACCUUCAGGGACAUCAGUAAGAUGUUCAGGUGGCUGGACAAUUUGGAUAUCAAAUCAUCCAUUGACCUUGACAUGAAGCUGCAAAGUCAUCGUCUUCAGUUGAUGAUUAAUUCCAUCAACAUACAGCUGCAGAAACUAAGGCACAAAGGAGAGAUUUCCAGACCUCUCCUUGACAGGAUCCAGGACAAGUUCAAUAAGGCAUGGAGAGCCCUUUGCAGACGUUUGGACGAUGAGUAUCAGAAAGGAUUGAGCAGGCUCCAUAAGAGGCUGGCAGCUAAGAACAAGGACAAAUUAGACAGUCUGCACAAGAAGCACGAGGAAGAGAGGAAGCAGCUGAUUGACAAGACAACCAACACCCCUGAGCAGGAACGUCGGGAGCUGAUGAAUCUGCUAGACCAACAGCACCAGGUGGAGACAGAGGAGCUGUCAUACAGGCUACAACUGGAACAGGCAGAGGAGGAGGAGAAAAUCAGGAAGGAGUUUGAGUUAAAGAAGAGGGUCGGUCUAAAGGAGCUGCAGCACAACCUUCUGAAGGACCUGGCCGAGCAGGCUGAGCUGUCAGAGGAGGAGGCUGCACGGAUCAUGAGGGAACAUAAGGAGAACCAGGCAACCAUCAACAGGCUGAUGGAUGAGGAGAUGUCACGGCAACGGAUGCUGCUGGAGGAGAAGCUGGCCCAGAGGAGAGCCAUGGCAAAGGCUAAGGAGCAUCAGGAAGACCACAACAAAAAGGUGCUGAACACCCUGGCCACACAGCAGGCAGGCAUUGUGCAGGAAAUGCGAGAAGAUGGAAAGCUGUCAGUAGAGCAGGAGAAAAUGUUCAAAGAGAGGAUUCGCAGAGAGAUGCUUGCUGCAAGGGAGAGGCAUGAUAAGGAAAGGGAGUCACAAGAAGCAGCACUCCAGAAACGUCUGGCUGAGCUCAAGAAGAAGCGACUGGCAGAAAAGGAGGCAGAGCAGCGCCAAGAAGUGGAGGAGUUUGAAAAGAAACAACAGGAGAAGCAGAGUGAGGGGGAAGGAGAUGCUGAUGACUACAUCGACGCACGUCACCAGCUGAUGUCCCGCCAUGUCACAGAGAUGAACGACCUAGAGAUGUCUUUGGACAAGGAUGCCUCAGACCAGCUGGACAGCCUGACCUUUGACCUGACAAAGAAAGCCCAGGAUGAGAUUGUGAUGUUCAAGGGCAGGCUGUGUGCUGAACUAGGAAGUGCUGGACUGAAGGAGAAGCAAAGGGAUGAGAUUCUUGCUCAGCACCAGCGAGAGCUGGAGCAGCUGAAGGAGGUCCACCAGGAGCAGAAGAGGAAGCAGACACGGGAGCUGGAGCGUCGUCUGGAGGAGAGGAGAGCAGAACUGGCCAGGAGGGCAGACCUGGAGAGGAAGGAGCAGGAGAAGAUACGGGCCAGGGAGGAGAAAAUUGUGGGACACUUGAUCAAUGCACAGACAGCCAUCUCUGAAGAGGACAAGGAGAAGAUUCUGAGGGAACAUGAGAAAAAUGUGGCGACACUUGAGAACAACCUGACCUUGAACAAGCUCCACCAGCGUCGCAUGUUGGAGGAGAAGCUGGCCCAGAGGAGAGCCAAAGCCAUGGAGAAACUGCAGAAGAAACAAAUCAAGCAAGAAAAGAAGCGUCAGCGUUACCGUGGCAGUGACUCGGAGGGUGAGCAGGACGAUGUGAAGCUGCUGAAGCAGCAGCUGCAGGAGAGGAUCAGUCUGCUGUCCGAGGAGAGUCAGGCCAGGACGGAUGACGACAUGGAGACUAUCCGUGUGGAGAUGCUCCAGGAGCGAGCGCAGGCCCUGAAGGACCAGGAGGAGCGGCUGGGAGGGCUCCUGUCAGCACUGCAGAUGGAGCGGGCUCGAGAGCUUGCCACAAUAGAAGAGCAGAGAGAGGCACUGAACAAGCUGACCACCAACCUGGUUGAUGAGCUGAGUGACAAGGGGGUGCUGACUGACCCUGAGUGUAAAAAAGUCAUUGAGCAGCACAAAAAGGACGUGGACAAACUUGAGAAGAAGUUGCACCACCAGCGACAGCGGCAGGAGGAGGAGCUGAAGAAGAAGCUGACAGAGAAGAUGAUGCAGCGGGAGAAGUCCAUGCUGCAGCUCCACGAGGAGAGGCUGCGGGAGAUCCACAGUCAGGAGGCCAGCAAGACUGCCGCAAGAUUCAAGAUGGCCGCCAUGAAGAACAAGUACAUUGUGGAGAGUGAAAAGCAUCGUGGAGGAAAAUCUUAUGCUAACAAAGGAUUCCAAGACUCAGACCAAGAAGACGAUGAUGAUGAUGAAGAUGACUGUGAGGCAUCUUUCUUUGGGUCCAGGAUGACCAUGGUUAAACACUACCACCAUUCUGAGUUAGCAGAGGCUAGACAAAAAAUGGAACGAGGGAUAGAGCAGAACUUAGAGGACUACAGACGACAGUGGGAUGUGAAGAGGAAGCAGGCACUGCAAGAACAGGAGCUGAAGUUUAUCUCAGGGCUGGUGAAGACGGGCAGGUUUGAGCGAGAGGAGCUGUCCUCUGUCCUGACUCUCCUCUUCCCCCACAACACUGACAUCAGUCAGAUCCUGGAGAAAAUCUACACAGAAGGGUCCAACUCAAGUGAUGAGUCAGAUAGUGGGAGCAGGAAAAAAUCGAGAGGAAUCUCCCGACGAGAGAGCACAUUAGCCUUGAGGAUCAGGGAAGCCACAUUAGGACCUUACACUCCUCCUCCUUCAACCAAGAAGAAAAGGAAGAAGGAAGGUGCCUUAAAGAGAUUAAAAAAGAAGACACACCUUCCGCCCCUGAGGAACGCUCCGGAACCCCGCCCUGAGCCGUUGGGAGGGGCAGAUUCCCCUCACCUUCAGGAAUGAUCUUCAAGGUCAUGGCUCCAAGAGGUUGAAGAGACUGAAGGAGCCUCGCCCAGAUCCAGUGGGAGGGUCUCAAUCGCCUGACCUGGCACACUGAAUGACUGGGCUAAGACGUCUUAUACUAUGUCUGGUUGCCUUAAAAACAAGGGCUUUGAAUAUAUACUUUUUAUGGAUACUUAUUUUUAAUGAUUAAAGGCAGCUGUGGUUUUGAGUGACACAGAGAUAACUUCUGUGAAAACAUCAGUCUGUACAUAAUUUCUCCAAGUGUUUAAAAUGAAAGUCAGCACUGAGGAAUGACACCUGCUGAUUAAGACAUCAGUGACUGAUGAGUACUGAUAUGUAUCUACUAAUGCAUCAAAAGAUGUACAUGUAGUACCAAAAAUUAUAGUUUUUUAAAUUUCAUAACUUGAUUUUUAUAUUUUUUAGAAAAACUGAACACCAAUUUUUAAAGCCACUCUUAUUUUGUAUGCAUAUAUUGCAGCUUCUUCCAUCUGACCACUUAGGAGUACAUUGUACAAGUUUGAAGUUUAUUGUCAAGUGCAAUGCCAUAACCAGAUCUCCUGCAGACUCAACAUGGAUCCAUCUUUCUUGUAAAUACAGAUAUUAAAAAUGUAAUUUUGUCUAUUAGUAAGUGAUUUGAAUAUU